AUGAGGUAUCUGGGCCUCACUCUGGAUGGACUUUGGGGGUUUGAGCAGCAUUUCGCUGGGAUAACCCCCAAAGCGGAUAGGAUGGCGACCGCGUUGAGUUGCCUCCUUCCGAACUUGGGUAGUCCUAGAAACAGAGUCAGAAGACUCUACGCGAACGUCGUGCAAUCGGUGCUCCUCUACGGGGCACCGGUGUGGGCCGACAGGGUUGCGGCCAACCGACGCAUACAGGCGAUGUUACAUCGUCAACAGCGCCGGCUGGCCAUCAGACUGAUCCGGGCCUACUGCACGACGUCGUUCGCGGCGGCCACGGCUCUGGCGGGCCUCCUCCCGGCCGAGUUCCUGGCGAACUC